UAGAUGUAAUUUACGCAAAUUAAUAUGAAUUCUUAUGGAGCCAGCAUAAAAAAUUAAUUAAAAUCAGAAAGAUAAGAAAAAUUAUUUAAUUAAAUUCUUAAAUAACAAACAAAAAGAAGAAAAGCAAGCAUUAAAAGCAAAACCAUUAUCAUUUACAAAAGAAAAAAUAAAUAAAAAAACAAUUUUACAAAUAUGUCACUUGAUAAAACUUUUAAAAUACUUAUCGCAGGAUUAGAUGGAGUUGGUAAAAAAACUAUAAUUUAGCGAUUUAAUGAGGGUUAUCAGUAAUUUAAAUAAAAAAUUUAAUUUCCACAUCAAUUAAAAGAUGGUGAAGAUAAGUUAGUUAAAUAUGAUAUCUAAUUAGAAAGCCAUACCAUAACUUCAAGAUAAAUUGAUGAAGAUGAAUACAUAUCAAAGAAACCAAAUUAGCUGAAAGAUUAUAAAAUUAUUGUUAUAGUGUUUGAUUUAGGAUAAAAAGAUAGUAUAAAAUAGAUUGCUAAUAACCUCCAAGGCAGUUCUUUGAAUUUUUAAGAUCUUGGCCCAAUGAGUAAAUGCGCUUUAUGGGGAAAUAAAAAAGAUAAAUUUAAUUUUGAUCAAAAUACUGAUGAAAGAAAUGCUUAAAAAAUAUAUGAUCUAGAAUACACUCAUAAAAUGGUGGGCUACGUCAAUAGCAACUCAAUAAAUUUAGAAAUAAAUGAACCUUUCUAAUGCAUAAGUAAAUUAAUAUAGGCAUAUUUGUAGUGGAUGGAUUAACAAAAUCAAAGGAGUAGCUUGUCUAGUUAAUCUUCUUCCCUCCUAGGUUCCAGUUAAAUAAGUGAUAGAGAUGAAGACGUAAAGGAAAGACAAAUUAUUUAAAAAAAGAAAGAUUUUUCAAUUGGUAAUUCUAUUGGCUCUAAUCGCUCCAAAAAUGAAGUUCUUAUUCGUGAAAAUAAAAAAAAAAAUAAAUAAAGAAUGGAUGAUGAUAUCUAUUCUAUUAAGUCUUCACAAAGUAAUAAUUGUAGUAUAUUUUGA